GACAACAACAAAGUUUCAAAUUAUCAAGUUAAUGUAAAAUGUCAAAUCCCCAGUUUCCAAAUGGCAACAUUGAAUUGCAUCCACAUCACAUAGAUUCUUAAAAGGCUGGCUUUGCUUGCCUCAAUGCUUGAAUUUAAAGUUCAAUCUUGCUAAUUAUUUGCAUGCAAACAAGGGAUAUUUUUUUUUUGGGGGGGGGGGGGUAAUCAAUCCCAUAUUUCCAUGAAGUUGAAGUCAUUUUUAUUUAGAUUUAGUCCCUCUAUAAAAAAAGAGUAUGGAGUUCUUAGUUUCAAUACUCAAAAUCAUUCCUUUCUAAAUUUCAAGCCAUUUCAAGAUCAAACACCCAAAAGAGAGGUUCACAAAAUGGAUCAAAGAGAAAACAAGAAACAGAAAUCUUUGGUUCAAUUUAUGAAAACUCAGUUUCAUGGGAAAUUUCCUCAUUUGAUCCUUUCGGUUUCUGUUUUUUCCCUUUUGUUGUCUCAUUCAUGUUGGCUUUCUUUGCUCCGUUGUUUUAGCUUCAAUUUCCACAAUACACUUCCUUUCCAAUUAUUUAGUCAUAAUAUAGAUAAGAGCUACAUGUUCCUUCUCUGCAAUGGCCUGCUUGUUUUUCUAGCAAAAUUCUCAGGAUCUAUCAGUUCAUCAAAGUACAAUAAUAAUCUCAGUGUUCUUGAUGAUGAUGAUGAUGAAGAUGAAGAUAUUCCCCAUACAGUUGAGUCACUUGUCUUGGACCAGCCCAAAACACCGCUGUCGCAGAAAGAUGAAGCAAUAGAAAACAGUGCUUUAAUGGAAGAAACAGCAGCAGCAGAAGUUGAAAUCGAAACUCAAAACUGCAGCCUGCAAGAGGAAGAAGACGAAGGUGAAAAAUGGGGUUUGGAUCCUUUGAUGAAAAAUGGUGUUUUUGUUGGAGAAAGCACUGAAAGUACAGAUGAGCUGAACAAAAGGUUUGAUGAAUUUAUUAGAAAGAUGAAGGAAGAAUUGAGGGUCGAAGCUCGACAGCAGUUAGUUAUGGUUUAAUUUAAGGAUCGGUCCUCUUCAAUGGAUUCAAUCACCAUAAUAAACUCCUUAAUUUUACAUGUUUCUAUGAUCAAAUUUUAGCAUGUUCUUAGAUUUUUGAAGUUGGAAUCUCUACAAUUACAAAUUCUUCCUCGAUAUUCCAAGGUAAUUAGGCUGCUGCAUGUAAAUUAUGUGUUUGAUUAUGCAAUAUUCAGUCUUUAGCUUUCAUACUCCAUUUUGCAAGUAAAUUUGUUAAAAUAAAUAUUCAAAUUUAAUGAGUUUUUGACUUUCGGGAA